AUGGGGAAUAAAUGCUGUUAUAUCAGCCCAGACAAUAAAAUGUUUGAUAAAGAAAUCAUUAAGAGGCCAGAUAUAGUGGUACCCAGAAAGGCUUCAAAGGCUAUGUGCAGCAAGGAAACUUACGAUUCACAAAAGAAUACCAAACAGACAAGUGAAAACUCUGAGUUAUUGAGCUCAGAGCGCUCUGAGUUUGAUCUCCAGCUCCUUGGGAUACCUAAGAGUAGGAUCCUGGAAGAAAUCUUUAUCAGAGAGGGCCCAUUCGACUUCUAUGUAUGCCAAUAUCCUGAAGGAAUACAGGUCGAGAAUUUAGAUUUCAUCAAAGCUGGGGAAAGCCCAAUGUCUAAAGUAUACGUUAGUACCGAUACAGAAGGAAGAACCACCAAAUACCUAGGAGAAUGGAAUGGCGACAUGAGAGAAGGUAGGGGGAUCCAGGUGACGCUCAAUAAUCCUGCAGAAGGGGACCAACCCAGCUCUGACAUCGCUUUCAUUUAUGAAGGCUAUUGGCUAAACGACCUUGCUCAUGGAAAAGGCAGGCUGAUCCAUCAAGAUGGUGAUGUUUAUAAGGGGUCUUGGGAGAAAGGCAAAGCUUCAGGCUAUGGAGACUACAUACAUUCUGAUGGAACCAAAUAUGAAGGCAGCUGGAAAGAUGACCUCCAGGAUGGCCAAGGCAAAGAAUACUGGGUAGAUGGGUCAAUGUACCAAGGACAAUAUAAGCAAGGAUGUAAGCAUGGUCAAGGCAAAUUUAUCUGGUCAGAUAGCAGUGUUUAUCAAGGGGAAUUUAACAUGAAUAUUAUUGAAGGAAAAGGAAUUUACAGAUGGCCUGAUGGAAGAAUAUAUAACGGCUCAUGGAGCAAUAACAAAAUGGAUGGUAUCGGGACCUAUAAAUGGCCAGAUGGGAGAGUCUAUGAAGGUCUAUGGCACAAGAGUCUUCAACAUGGUGCUGGAAAAUACUCUGAGCCUAAUGGGGAAGAGAUAAAGACACUAUAUCAAUUUGGCAAAAGAGUCAGGUAG